CGGUGUUACUCUAGUGUUGUGAUGAUGGCAGUCGUCACUAUGGUUCAAACUUGACGUGUUCGAGGUACAACUUGACUCGUUAUACUCCUUAUCGUACACUCUGAGGACUCCCGAUUAACCAAGUGUUGUAUUGAGUGUGACAGUGAGACAUUGGUAAAUUUGCAAUCAUGCACAGAGUGAGACACUCUGUGAGGGAUGAUUCACUCGCUCAGCUGGUCUCUUCAGGUGACGUCAUGAGGACGCCACGUCAAAUGUCUCUCCAAAAAGAACUGGAUGCAUCCUCAGUCGUAGAUGGCACCAUGGAUGGUAUACCAACAUCUUUCUCACCUGCUCUUCCUCGCACCACUCCCUUUGGACUAAGUCUAAUGGAGAGUCCCAGCUUGAUAAUGGAAGAUGUGACAGCACCAGUUCACUCUACUGUUAUGGGGGAUGCAACCUUGGAUGUCACCAGUGCUGCUCUCCUGGCUGAUGAUGACCCAGGAGUCCGAGCAACACAGGUUCUCUUCUCUGAGUUCAUAAACAUCAUGGUGGCCCACCCAUCAGAGACACAGGUUUGGGAGGAGCUGGAGCAGUAUGAGCGGGUGUGUUGUCAGCAAGUGGAUGCCCUGGCCAAGCUUAUCCGCAAGGCUCCGAGACAUUGUGCCAACUUUACAAACACUCAAAAGGUUUACCAGCAACUACUAAGUGAACGUAACACUUGGAGGCUGUUGGGUUCAUUGUACAGUGAGCGCUUACGUGAUGAUACCAGCACUAAAGACUCGCCUAUGAUGGAUGAAAAGCCAACCACAGACUUGAAUGUUGUCACUCAUCUGUACGACACCAACCGCACAGUUAGAGAGGCGCAGAUUGUAAUUGACUGGUUGGAGAAGAAUGCAGCGGAUGACUUUGACAGCAAGUUCUACGACCGUGUGGAAUACUUUGGAGAUACUCAUAUAGCCUGGGAAAAUACACUCAAAACUCUUAAGAAUGAGAACAGUGGUGUUAUUCAGCCGCUGAAAGGAUCACGGCCACUGGUAACUUCACUCGACCCUGACUCUAGUCUACGUCAGGGUCGACCUCUACAUGACUUAGACCAGGAAGAUGAAAUGCGUCUUUUGCGAUGUGUUUUUGCCCAUGUUCGCUCAGGCCAAGUAGCAGCUGCAGAGGACUUGUGUAUCAAGGCUGGUCACCAGUGGAGAGCAGCAACACUGGAAGGCUGGAGGUUGCACCAUGACCCCAACCCGACAGACCCAUCUCAGCGUCAACCUAUUGCUGGCAAUCCUUACAGAGAUGUGUGGAAGGCAGUAGCAUGGCGUAUCGCCAGUGAUGAGCGACUACCAGUGUAUGAACGAGCUAUAUAUGGAGCUCUUUGUGGCCACCUGCAGUCAGUGCUCUCAGUAUGUAAUGAGUGGCAGGAUGUGCUGUGGGCAUAUACACACACCAUGGUGGAUCAGUGGGUGGAGGAGAAACUCCGUGCUGCUGCCACACACUUGAGGCCACUACACCCUUUGCCUAAAGACUUCCCAGAAGAAAAACUUUCCAUGAAAGGAGUGUUUGAGGCAGUAGAGUGCAGCCCAGAGGUUCAGAAGCAACAAGGCAAGAACCCUUAUCACCUCCUGCAAAAAUAUCUCAUUCUGGAUGAGGUGGAAACCCUGCUACAGGAGGCACAUGUGUGGCUUGGUGAUGGCCUGGCGCCCCAUCUCCUGCGUUGUCUAACUCACCUGGUGCUCUUCUUGCGCAGAAUUGGUCGUAUCACACAGGAACUGGAACAUCUUUGUACUGAUAUACUCGAAGCUUGUGUUAAGGAAUCCAUAGAACGUGGGGAUGUAGAGCAAGUGGCUUGGUACACAUCUGUGUUACCCAUGUGGCUUCAGGUGGAGUGGUAUGCACGUUUCCUUCACAACAUAACAGAUGACCACCAUCGUCGGCAUGCUCUACAACUUGCUGCCACAGUAAAUCUAGAUACUCAUGCCAUCACCUCGGCUGUCGUCACCAAUAUAAGGUUGUCAUCCAACAUUCGUGAUCCUGAGGGAGAGAUGGUGUCAGAAACUACAGCAGAGGAUCGAGUUAAAAUCAGCGCCAUAGAUUGGCUUCUGUAUGAUCCACAGCAGCGAGUAGAAGCUCUGAGACAGGCCAAUGCUUUAAUGCGUACUUUCCUUAUUUCACGCAAGAUUGGUGCCACUCGAGCAUUGUUUAAUAAAAUCCCGAGUGAUUCAGUUAAUGUAAUAAUGAAGGAACAUGAAGCAGAGUCGGGAUCUUCUAACCUUCCACCUCAUGCAGCAAACACUGUGCGAGAAUACUUCUGCAUUCGGACCUUCUUAGAUGCUCAGGAUGCAUUCACUGAUUGGUUUGAUCACUACCAUCAAAAGAGGCCAACUGCUCCACAGAAACCAGCACUUGGCUCUGGCUUUUCUCAGCAAGUAGCAUACGAGCAAACAGAACAGCAUUACAAAGGGGAUAUGGAACGGUGGAAUCAUACCUUGAAGCUUAUCACCAAAACUGCAAGUGACCGCCUGUACAAUGUCCUGCUGUUCCCUGAGGGUGGUUGGUUGAUGGAUUCAGUUUUAGAUGACCAAGAACCAGAAGUUACUGGAGUUAGUGGGGCUGAUGAAAGUGGUGAAGUCCGACCUGAUACCCCUGAACCUAACCGUGCUCACCACUUGUCAGUACUUAGGUCCAUUUAUAUACCACAGGUGACAUCAUUACUUCAGAAUAUCCUGCAUUCUACACAAAACUACAAAGAAUGCAUUCAGUUAGCUGACAUAGUUGCAUCAGAGCAACACCAGCUUUAUAAGGCCUUUGGGAGUGGUGAGUUGCAACGAUUCUUGGUCAAACUGCAGGAAACAUCGAGGGAACUUUUGGAUCGCAACUGUGAUGCUUUGGGUUACCCACUUAAGUAGAUUUUGUAUUGUAAAGUUAAAUUUUUUAUUAAAUGAGACCAUAAGAAAAAUGGAACAUUGUUUUAUACCUGAACUGUAUUAAUAUCACAGAGGGGUUGAAUGUGGUCAACUAUCCAUUGAUAAUUUUACAGAAAUCCAUCACACUUCUUUUCUUUAGUACAGGAAUUGAAUUAAUUAAAAUUUUUGUGACUUAAAAAAUGUGAGUAAAUAACAUGCAGUGGUUUGAUAUAUUAAGUACACAAGCUCAGAACAGGAAACUUAAGUCUGUACAUAUUUUUAUUUAAGAAUUUAUUGUUUAGCAUUUUUCUGUAUCCAUACAGCACAUGCAGUCACCACUGUACUCUGUUUCCUCCUUUGCCUCUGCCUUUUUCCCUAUAAUGAGUCACUUUUAAUCCUUCACCUGCAGUUAUUUAUCGAUCAUAAUCGAAGUGAUCAGUUUAUUGCAUUGGUUUAUUGUACUGUUAAUUGACAUCCCCCUCUCUCUCUCUCCCUCUGUAUAAAUGUAAAAUGAACAACUGUACUGUAUUUCUUUUAACUUUUCAAGAGGUAGAUUAGGAAAUGCCCAAAGAGGUAAAUUUUAUUUACUUGUUAUCCAAUGGAAAUUGUUUAGAACCUAAGGAAUUCUUUUUUUUUAAUAAUUUUGAGGUAUUUAUAAUGCUUUUUUGUAUUUGCAAUAAAUUUUUUUUUUUAUA